AUGAGAACGCGAGUCGACUCUCCUAUAGAGGGUAAACCAAACGUCACACCCUUGGACAUUGGGUCAACAGUAGCUGGCAUGGAGAUUCCUUUCUCCAUAAGCCCAACGAUGGGCAACAUGUCCAUGAUGGACUUCCCCAUGAUGCAGGAUGCCAGAUAUCUAACUUCGCCGAGCCAGGACUCCGUAUUUGUGCCAAAAGCACAGCCACUAUCUCAGCUCUCUGGACCCGGGCCUACUUCCGCACCAUACAACGGUCGCGUUCAGAAAGUGUCGAAGGUGACUCGUUCUCGGCACAAUGCACCGGGAAUACAAGAUUCUCUCUCCACUAUCAAGGCCGCUCCUGGUGCGUCUGGAAGUAACCAUCUCAAGAUUCAAAAGUCCUCACAGGGUUCUUCUUUAUCCAAUGCGCCCCAGACUAAGGCUGAGCAGCAAGCACUAGAGCUCAAGAGGAAGUCUGAACAGCGCUUGCAUUCACCGGAGCCUGUGGAUAUUGAGAGUCGCAUACUAGAGUUGCUGCAAAAAGCCAAUCGCGACGAUAUAUCCAGGAGGCCGUCGAAGUCCGAGAAGAAUGAUGCGUUGUUAAAGAUGAUGGCUGAGCUUGUCAACAAAGGCCCAGGAUCCCCCGACACACAACAACGUCGCUCCAGCAAGAGCUCUUCAAACAAUGGCAAGAUAUGUCCGAUGUCUGGCUGCGAAUUUGCGGUCGCUCGUGACUGCGAUCUGCGUAAGCACAUCAAGCGACAUAACAGGCCUUAUGGAUGCACAUAUCCCAAGUGUCACAAACGCUUUGGCGCAAAGUCAGAUUGGAAGCGCCACGAGAACAGUCAGCAUUUCCAGCAGGAAGCCUUCCGCUGCGGCCAAGAACUUCAGACAGGUCAGGUCUGUGGUGUGCAUCUAUACCGCGAAGGAGCGUUCAAGAACCACCUGGAGAGGGAGCAUAAGAUGGCAUGUGAGGUUGCUCAAGAGCGUGUCAACCUCCGCAGGAUUGGCAAGAACUGCCAAGGUACCUUCUGGUGUGGCCUGUGCAAAGAUAUAGUGCAGCUCAAAGAGCGACGCAAUGCAGCUUGGGAUGAGCGGUUUGAUCACAUAGCGCGUCACUUCGAGAAGGAGAGAAGAAAUAUCGAUGACUGGAUCUGUGCUGAAGAGAACCGACCGAAGAAAGAGCUGCUAGAAGAGAAGAAGAAACGAGACUACUUUGACGAUGAGGACGAGAGGGACAAGGACGGCGAUGUGGAUGCUCCUGGAGACGUGGAUGACGAUGUUCGACAACCGCGCCCGUCGCAUCCUCCUCCAAACCACAUGCCCACUCUCGAGAAGUUCCGUGACGCGGCCUUGCGACCAACAACCUCACCUUCCUUAACUUCUCCUGCAAACAUGGCUGCCGCCGUAGAUGACGGGCAGCUGCUCAAGCAGGCGACUGGCCGCAACACUCGAGGCUUGCUCCGAGUGAUCAUCCUGUGCCUCAUCGCUGCCGCCGCCGUAAGCAGUCGUCUGUUCUCCGUUAUUCGCUUUGAGAGCAUCAUUCACGAGUUCGAUCCGUGGUUCAACUUCCGAGCGACGAAAUACCUGGUACAGAAUGGCUUCUACAGCUUCUGGGACUGGUUCGACGACCGAACAUGGCAUCCUCUUGGACGAGUCACGGGUGGUACUCUCUACCCCGGACUGAUGGUCACCAGCGGUGUCAUCUACCACGCCCUCCGUGCUCUCGCCAUGCCCGUCGACAUUCGAAACAUCUGUGUCCUCCUCGCGCCUGCCUUCUCAGGUCUUACCGCGCUCGCGACGUACCUCCUGACCUCCGAGAUGGUCCCGUCGCCCUCGGCCGGUCUGCUCGCCGCAGCCUUCAUGGGCAUCACCCCCGGUUACAUCUCGCGAUCCGUCGCAGGAAGUUACGAUAACGAGGCCAUUGCCAUCUUCCUGCUCGUCUUCACCUUCUUCUUGUGGAUCAAGGCAGUCAAGCUCGGAUCCAUGUUCUGGGGUGCAUUGACUGCGCUGUUCUACGGAUACAUGGUGUCAGCGUGGGGUGGAUACGUCUUCAUCACCAACUUGCUGCCCCUGCACGCUUUCGUCUUGAUCUGCAUGGGACGAUACAGCCCGCGGUUAUACGUCAGCUACACUUCGUGGUAUGCGCUCGGUACGCUUGCGAGUAUGCAGAUUCCCUUCGUCGGUUUCCUGCCCAUCCGCAGUAGCGAGCACAUGUCCGCGCUCGGUGUCUUUGGCCUCCUCCAGCUGGUGGCCUUUGUCGACUGGGUUCGCGCACAACUUCCCGGCAAGCAGUUCCAGACACUGCUCCGUGCUCUGGUUCUGAGUGUCUUCCUCAUCGGUGUCGGAGGACUGGUGCUUCUUACCGUCUCUGGUGUCAUUGCGCCCUGGACUGGCCGUUUCUACUCGCUCUGGGAUACCGGAUACGCCAAGAUCCACAUUCCUAUCAUCGCCUCCGUCUCCGAGCAUCAGCCUACCGCAUGGCCUGCCUUCUUCUUCGAUCUCAACAUGAUGAUCUGGCUCUUCCCCGCCGGUGUCUACCUGUGCUUCCGCACUUUGACCGACGAGCAGGUCUUCAUUGUCAUCUACGCUGUGCUCGCCAGUUACUUCGCUGGUGUCAUGGUUCGUCUCAUGCUCACUUUGACCCCCAUUGUCUGCGUUGCAUCGGCAAUUGCUUUCUCGCAGAUUCUCGACACCUACCUCGACGUCAAGACCCCUAAGCCUGUCACCGAGAACGGCAGCACCGAUACCGCUGCAGUCGCUGCUGCAGCUAUCCUUCCCGAGGGUCUCCGAUCUACACGCAACCCGCUCGUCGGCAUCUACUCGUAUGCCUCCAAGCUUACCGUCGCCGGAACCGCCGCCAUCUACCUCAUGCUGUUCGUUCUGCACUGCACAUGGGUCACUUCCAACGCCUACUCUUCGCCCUCCGUCGUGCUCGCAUCCAGACUUCCUGACGGUAGCCAACACAUCAUCGAUGACUACCGUGAGGCAUACUACUGGCUCAGGCAGAACACCCCUCAGAACGCCAAGAUCAUGUCGUGGUGGGACUACGGAUACCAGAUCGGUGGUAUGGCCGACCGCCCUACCCUUGUCGACAACAACACUUGGAACAACACGCACAUUGCUACCGUCGGCAAGGCCAUGAGCUCCAGGGAGGAGGUCAGCUACCCCAUCAUGCGUCAACACGAGGUCGACUACGUAUUGGUCGUCUUUGGUGGUCUACUUGGCUACUCUGGAGACGACAUCAACAAGUUCCUCUGGAUGGUCAGGAUUGCCGAGGGUAUCUGGCCCGAUGAGGUCAAGGAGCGCAACUUCUUCACUCCACGAGGCGAGUACCGUGUGGACGAGGAGGCUACCCCCACCAUGAAGAACAGCUUGAUGUACAAGAUGUCUUACUACAACUACAACGCGCUGUUCCCCGCCGGACAAGCCCAGGACCGUGUCCGUGGCGCGCGUCUUCCCGCUCAAGGCCCCGAGCUCAGCACCAUCGAGGAGGCCUUUACCAGCGAGAACUGGAUCAUCAGAAUCUACAAGGUCAAGGAUCUUGACAACUUUGGUCGCGACCAUCAAAGCGCCGUAUCGUUCGACAAGGGCCACAAGAAGAAGCGGUCCACCAAGAGGAAGGGACCUAGGGUAUUGAGAGUUGAGUAG